AUGGAGGAAAGUGAACUCGGAGGUAGAAGAAAAACAAUUGCCGAUCGCGAGGAUGAAUAUCAUGCUCAGCGUUUGAAAACCGUUCUUUCACCAGUUCGGGCGGACCCAUUCGCGGAAGGCGAUAUGACCCCCGAUCCAAGACUAAGUACUUACAAGGAUGUUAUGCUUAAUCAGAAGCUUAUUCAAGAACAACGAGCACUACGUGCGGAAAUAAGUGCGAAGGCUAAGUCGGGAGAAUUAAAAGUGGCUGAACCUGCAGCACCUCCACCGCCUGUGAAACGUCGUCGAUGGGACCAACCGUCGUCAGACGCUAAUGGAAAAGACGCCUCGGCCGCUGGAACACCCCUUCAACCAUCAGCCACUCCGAGCAGUGCCGAGACGCCAGGGAGACGUCAGUGGGAGGAGACACCAGGGCGACCGCUAGGAGAUGGAGUGUCAGGUGGUGCCACACCUGGGUCGAGGCAGUGGGCUGAAACGCCAGCCUAUAUACCUACUGCGGCAACGCCUGGUCGUGACGCUUUAGCUGGAACACCAAGCGCACGCAAAAACCGCUGGGACGAGACCCCCCAUUUGGAGCGCUUUGGAGCGGACACACCGGGACACGGAGCAGGCUGGGCAGAGACUCCAAGAGCCGAUGGUGGAGUGAACUCUAUCCAAGACACACCGUCCACGAAUUACAAGGCGUUCGGCCAGACGCCCAACACAGCGGCUGCUGUGAUGGCGAGGCGCAAGUCGCGUUGGGAUGAGACGCCGAAAGUCGGAGCCACACCUAUGGGUGGCAUGACUCCUGCAGGUGCCACUCCAAGUGGCUUCACUCCGGCCAUGGCCACUCCCGGAAUCGCUACUCCUGGUUUGGGAUUCACGCCCUCUGGUGCAACUCCCAGUGGCCCCAAGGUGAUGGGAAUGGCAACGCCAGGAUUUGGAAUAGCCAGCACAAUUCCCGGGACAGGGAUUCCAAUGACUCCAGAGCAGAUGCGAGCUGUGCAGUGGCAGCAGGAGAUGGAUGAUCGUAAUCGUCCCUUGACAGAUGAGGAGUUGGAUGAGAUGUUACCUCCUGGCUACAAGAUCCUUCCUCCUCCAGCGGGCUAUGUACCUCUGCGAACACCAGGUCGUCGAUUGCUGGCCACUCCGACUCCUGUUGCUGGAACGCCUUUUGGUUUUCACAUGGCAACGCCGGAUGUGGGAACAGUGGCGGGAAUUGGAUCAGCGGCAACUGGUGCGAAUGCGGUGGCAUUGGGUGAUUUGCAGCCAAAGGGCGAUAACCUGCCAAUGAUGCGUCCAGAUGACUUGCAAUAUUUUGACAAGUUGUUGCAGGAUGUAGAUGAGGAUAGUUUGCCACCGGAAGAGGCAACUGAACGCAAAAUCAUGACUCUGCUGUUGAAGAUCAAGAAUGGCACACCGCCAAUGCGAAAGUCGGCGUUGAGACAGAUCACUGAUAAGGCGAGGGAGUUUGGUGCCGGUCCCCUCUUCAAUCAGAUUCUGCCUCUUCUGAUGUCACCCACAUUAGAGGACCAAGAACGUCAUUUGUUGGUUAAGGUUAUCGAUCGUAUAUUGUACAAGCUGGAUGAUUUGGUGCGUCCAUAUGUGCACAAGAUUUUGGUCGUUAUAGAGCCCCUUCUGAUUGAUGAAGACUACUAUGCGCGUGUGGAGGGUCGUGAAAUUAUUUCCAAUCUCGCCAAGGCAGCUGGAUUGGCGACAAUGAUAUCGACAAUGCGUCCAGAUAUAGACAACGUGGACGAGUAUGUGCGAAAUACUACGGCUCGUGCGUUUGCAGUUGUGGCGUCGGCUUUAGGCAUUCCAAGCCUACUGCCAUUCUUGAAGGCAGUGUGCAAGUCGAAGAAGUCGUGGCAAGCGAGACACACAGGAAUCAAGAUAGUGCAGCAGAUCUCCAUUCUGAUGGGCUGCGCCAUCUUGCCUCACUUGCGUUCCCUGGUUGAGAUCAUUGAGCACGGGUUGAUUGAUGAGCAACAGAAGGUACGCACCAUCACAGCACUUGCUCUGGCCGCGUUGGCUGAAGCAGCCACGCCAUACGGUAUUGAGUCAUUUGAUUCAGUAUUGAAGCCCCUAUGGAGAGGUAUUCGUAGUCAUCGUGGCAAGGGUCUGGCAGCAUUCCUCAAAGCGAUUGGAUACUUAAUUCCUCUGAUGGAUGCAGAGUACGCGAACUAUUACACGAGAGAAGUGAUGUUGGUUUUGAUUCGUGAGUUCCCCUCUCCGGAUGAGGAGAUGAAGAAGAUUGUGUUGAAGGUUGUGAAGCAGUGUUGUGCCACGGAGGGUGUGGAACCUGACUAUAUUCGAAAUGAAAUUCUGCCGCCAUUCUUCAGGCACUUUUGGAACCAACGCAUGGCCCUGGAUCGACGUAACUACCGACCGUUGGUAGACACAACGGUGGAGAUAGCAGGCAAAGUGGGCGCGGCAGAGAUCAUCACUCGAAUAGUGGACGACUUGAAGGAGGAAUCAGAGCAGUAUCGUAAGAUGGUGAUGGAGACGAUAGAGAAGGUGAUGUCGUCGUUGGGCAGUGAGGAAAUCGAUGCGAGACUGGAGGAACAGUUGAUUGAUGGGAUUCUCUAUGCCUUCCAGGAACAGACCACUGAGGAUGCUGUUUUGCUGACUGGUUUCGGAACAGUGGUUAACGCGUUGGGAGUGCGAGUGAAGCCCUACUUGCCUCAGAUUUGCGGAACCAUUCUUUGGCGUCUGAACAAUAAGUCGGCGAAGGUGCGCCAGCAGGCAGCCGACUUGAUUAGUCGCAUCGCGGGAGUGAUGAAGAUUUGCCAAGAAGAGAAGUUGAUGGGCCACUUGGGUGUGGUGCUGUAUGAGUAUCUCGGUGAGGAGUAUCCAGAAGUCCUCGGCUCGAUUCUGGGUGCUCUGAAGAGCAUCGUGAAUGUCAUUGGUAUGACUAAAAUGACCCCUCCCAUCAAAGAACUCCUACCCCGAUUGACACCCAUUCUCAAGAACCGACAUGAGAAGGUGGAAGAGAAUUGUAUUGACUUGGUAGGCCGAAUAGCAGACCGUGGCUCGGAGUACGUCUCAUCUCGAGAGUGGAUGCGAAUUUGUUUCGAAUUGUUGGAGUUGAUUAAGGCUCACAAGAAGUCAAUUCGUCGUGCUGCAGUGAACACCUUUGGUUACAUAGCAAAAGCCAUUGGUCCCCACGAUGUGUUGGCUACUCUCCUCAACAAUUUGAAAGUGCAGGAACGUCAGAACCGAGUUUGCACCACAGUGGCUAUCGCUAUUGUGGCAGAGACCUGUUCCCCCUUCACAGUGCUGCCAGGACUGAUGAAUGAGUAUCGAGUGCCAGAGUUGAAUGUGCAGAAUGGUGUGCUCAAGUCACUGGCCUUCAUGUUCGAGUACAUAGGAGAGAUGAGUAAGGACUACAUUUACGCAGUGACGCCGUUGCUUGAGGACGCGCUGAUGGAUAGGGAUUUGGUGCAUCGACAGACAGCUAUGUCAGCUGUGGGUCAUAUGGCGCUAGGCGUUUACGGAUUUGGUUGUGAAGACGCCUUAUUGCAUCUCCUCAACUACGUCUGGCCGAAUGUCUUUGAGACAUCGCCUCAUGUCAUUCAGGCUUUCCUGUGUGCCAUAGAAGGCUUCAGAGUGGCAUUGGGUCCUAACAAGCUCAUUCAAUAUGUCCUGCAGGGUCUGUACCAUCCAGCUCGAAAAGUGCGUGACAUAAUGUGGAAGGUGUAUAAUACGAUCUACAUUGGUAACCAGGAUGGUUUAGUCUACGGAUUCCCUAGGAUUAAAGACGAGGAGAAGAACACAUACGUUCGGCAUGAAUUGGACUACAUUCUUUAG